GUGUGGUUAGAGAUGAAUAACGAUGGAAAAGGCUGUCUUGUGCAACGAAUGUCUGUGGAUCCCCUGCUAUAAUCUUUGGCUUCUCAAGGCUUAGAAUAAGUAUGACAAUGUGCAGAGGAUUUCCAGUAGUAAUGAAGUGGUUAAAAUUGUCUUGUAAUCCGAUCGGUGCUGCAAUUUCUGUUCUGGAGCUGGUUGGCGUGAUCUCACGACUGGAUAUCUAAUUGGGCUGAGGUUACUUGGCAAGAAGCCCACUACCAACGGAAUGAGAAUAUUUCCUUGUGUUCUAAUUUGUUUAAGCAUUAAUGUGAUGUACUUACAUUGACAAGGAAAUUGGACAUUUAAAUUGCUCUUGUACAUUGUUACGGUACGAAUUGAAAAGAAAUCGAGAUGAAAAUGCCGUCGAGGGAACCAGCUUUGCAGUAAUUUUUGAAGCUUUUGCACAGGUGUCUGGGUACUUCUGGCAGUUCUGAGCUGACCCUGACUUUGGGAGGAAGAAUAUGUUCGUGUGAUUUCCUUGAAACAUAUCCUUUGGAAUGGAGAAUGAUCCAUCAUUACUUCUUUCAGAAUUCAGGUCUUCCAUCCACUUCAAGUGACAGAGUGGUCGUAUUUUGAUGAGAUGGUAUUGUGGGAGUAGAAUGGAUGAUCUAGCCUUGCUGGACCUGCUGGAAUGCCCUGUAUGCUUUGAAAGGCUAGAUGCUACUGCUAAAGUAUUGCCAUGCCAGCACACAUUUUGUAAACCAUGUCUCCAGAGAAUAUUUAAUGCCAGGAAGGAGCUCCUCUGCCCAGAAUGCAGGACUCCAGUGGCAUGCGGCAUUGAAGAGCUGCCAGUCAACUUGUUGUUGGUUCGCCUGCUGGAUGGCAUUAAGUAUGGGCAGAGCAAUGUCAGGAUCAUUCCUGAUCGAUUGCCUCAGGCACCCUCAAAUCAGGAACAUGGGCAAAGGAGCACAGAUACAAGAAGUUUGCAAGCUAGUGUGGUGAACACAGCCAAGAGCCCCAUAGAGAAGGUACCAUGUGCGAGAGCGUUGUACACGUAUGGAGGCCAGAAGCCAGGAGACCUCAGCUUUAAAAAGGGUGAUGUCAUCCUUCUACGUAGGCAAGUGGAUGAGAAUUGGUAUUAUGGGGAAAUCAAUGGAGUUUGCGGAAUUUUCCCUCUCAAUUUUGUUCAGGUUAUCCAUCAUUUACCUCAGCCCCCACCACUUUGCAAAGCUCUUUAUGACUUUAACCUGAAAGAAAAAGACAAGGAAGCCAACAAGGAUCUCCUGCCAUUCCUCAAGAAUGAUAUUCUAAAAGUGAUCCGCAGAGUUGAUGAAAACUGGGUGGAGGGCAAACUAGGAGACAAAGUAGGAAUAUUCCCCAUUUCAUUUGUUGAGAUGAACUCAACAGCAAAGCAGUUAUUAGCAACCAAAAGGCCAGAUGUGAAAGAUGGCAAAUGCCAAAGCAGUGCAGCAUUGGCUAAUUCUAGCACAACGUUCAAACGCACAGAGACAGGGAGGGUGGCUGUUAAAGACACACGCCACACGAGUGCGAUGAAUAUGCUAAACAGAAUCUCCCACCCAUCUCCAUCCCACCAGCCAUUGCAAAUCAGUUCACCGGUGCUGAUUAGCUCCAGUAACCCAGCAGUUGUAGCCCAGCUCGCAGAAAGAAGGAAUCCAUCCAAUCCCACCAGCAAGAUAAAACAUAAUCCUUCUGAAGCUGGUGUGGCCAGUUCAGGUAUUAAUGAUGCCAAUUCAUUGUUUAAUACUGAAAUUCUACGUUCAAAACCACAAAUACCUGUUAGAUCAGAAGAACCACGGGCAUGGACCGGGGACAUGUUUCAAGUUUAUGGGAUGUCAUCAGAUGGCUGGAUCAGAGGGAUGUCAAUGCAAAUAAACAAAACUGAGAGCCUGACCAGUGGUUACAAUGAACCUAGUAGGAGGAACACUUGUGGACUCCCCGAUCAGAGAGAUUCUGAUGGUUUGUCGGCAUCGGCAAACACUCAAGAAAGAGGAACUACAAGUGAGACCAGUUUGAACUUGCAGACAAGCCCCAGCGGCAGGCAAGUUGCUGUGACAUCACCACCUGUUCCGUCAGGGGCGACAAUAGCAAGACAUAUCUCCGGGUCUAGUUACAGGGUAAAUGUACAUCGACCAAUACUUGCAGUUCCCCCCGUCCAGUCUCAAAGCACAAGUAGCCGAUGUGUUCCAGCUGUUGUCAUUCAAGCACAACCUUUUGCGUCCCAUCAGUUUCUGCACCCAGUCACUAUGCAUGCCUCCCAUUCCAAUGGACUGGUAGGGACAAGCCGAUCUAACCUGUCCACCAGGCCAAUUGCUAACACUGCCCCUAUAAUGCGUCACGGCGGGAAACCAUCAGCAAUGCAAGAUGGUGAAGCUUCCAAUUGUACAACUGUGGACCAGGGAUGUGUACCAAUGUCCGAUCCUACACCAUUGCACUGCAAGUUUGAGGACAGAAGUACUGUACACAAGGCUCAGACCAGUCUCGGAAUGUUUCUACCUCACUGUGCUACGUCUUCUACAAGGCCUAAAUUCCAGCUCACCUCAGUGUGCAGCCCAACUCCAAUUUCGGCAAAACCAGAACAGGGCGCUGCACAAUCAAUUUUACAGGAAACCAGCAGUCCUCCUGUCCCUGUUAUCUCCCACAACAGAGCUGGUUCAUGCCCAAUAGGAAGUGAAGAGGAGGUCCAGACGUCCCACAGAAAGACAGGCUCCUGGGAUUCUUGUUAUCGCUGCACCCCUCCAUCACCACUGCACAGCCCAGUUUCUGAAGGAUGUCCAAAGACCUUGCCAAACCGUUCAAUGUGCUUCAAUAGAUGCCGGGCGGUACUUUCAUAUCCAGCCCAAGGUGAUGCUGAGCUUGGCCUGGAGCAAGGUGACAUUGUACUGGUGCACAGGAAACACCAGGAUGGCUGGUUCCAGGGAACGCACACAGAGAGUGGGAAGACUGGCCUUUUUCCAGGAAGCUUUGUCGAAAGUUUACAGUGAGACUGAAAUCUGAAAUUAGAUUGAAGAUGAGAAAUGGCAAUUACUUCCCAUUAAGCUUUGUCUAAUGAAUAAUGUGUGUAAUAUCCCAUCUGUGGUAAUGUUAUCAAUAUGAACUUUCACCCAUACUGCCCUUAAAAGUAGUCCAAAGCAUUUCUACCUUUGUGAGCAGUUUGGAUGUGAAACAACCUGAAUUAUUGUCCGAUAAUGCACAGGACGUCAUAGCAAAAUUUACAAGGAACUCUCCCACCCACAUUGCCUCUCAAAUAGUGCCCUUCAAUCAGAAUAUGCCAAUUCUUAAGUGACACAGCUGAGUUCAGCUAAAUAUAUUAGACAAGACACACUAAUCCAGUCAGAUGGUCAAUCUGUAUAGAGCAGGUCAAAGCCAGAUAGUAAAAUAAUCCUCUUAUAUGGUUCACUCUGGAAGACGUGCAUAAAGUACUGGAUAGCUACAAGCACGUGAUGAAGACGUAUCCAGAUAAACUAAGCUCACGGUGUUCUGUUGGAUUGUUACCAGAAAGGAUGCGAUGCAGCUGUGAUUACAGGGGACAGAGGUGGGAGUGACAUCAAUGACAAUGUUUUAGAAGAAAUGCAGCCUUUUAUGCUUUGGCUUUAGAGUUUAAUUUUGGUCACUUUUCAGUCACACUAAUUUUGGUAAUGUUCCAUCAAAAAAAAAAGGUUACACUAAAUAUAUUAACUUUACCCAACUAAUUGGACUGACCAUUUCAGUCGAAAUAGAUAAGCAGCAAAUAGUAAUCCCAUGAGAUUAUUAUCUCCAUUGCUUCGGAAGAAACUCAGAAAUGAUAAUUGGAGGGCAUUAAAGUAAAAAUAGCACUUGAAAUAUAGAUUUUAGGCAUUUUGGGUAUUAAAAUAAAUAAUCAUUUCAAAUUGUAUGUUGAUGGGGACAAUUAGACAUU